CAAUGUUUUGCUCAUGGCAGAAUUUCAGUUUGCGUGUAAUGUCCGAGAUCUACGCGUUAUGCAAACGUUAAAACAGAAUCUCAGCAGUGGUACGACAAGAGCAAGACAUGAUCAAGAGGAAGAGAGAGUGUGCAGGGGUUUGCGUUUGGAGUUUGACGGCAGAGCAAUCGUGAUUUUUAUGGUUGGAGACAAAGAUCUCUUUGCAAUGGAUCAGAAGUGUUACCAUGCUGGAGGACCACUGAAUCAGGGUGAUAUAGAAGACAUUGAUGGGAGACUGUGUGUUCGAUGUCCUUGGCAUUUGCACCAAAUUGCACUUGAUUCUGGAGAGUCGUUGUACUAUUCUGUUGAUGUAAGGAAUCCGAGGGGUAUGAAAACUCUUUGCUCUAAAGGAGUCAAACAAAGACUGCAUGAAGUGCGACGAAUCGGCGACAAAUUGUUUGUACAGCUUUGUCUUUCUGGAGAGAAAGUGGAUUCUGAUUAUUAUUACUCUGAAGAGUUUUAUCGACAGAUGAAAUGUUGACAUAGUACUAAUCUAGAUAUCAACCAGCAGUUUAUAAAUCAUUAAUAGUUUGUAGACAAAUACAGUGUUACUGUGUAUAUGUAUGCAGAGUCAAGGAAAGUCCAAUAAAUUUAUAAUUA